AUGGCCAAGCUCAUCUUGAUUUUCCUAUUUUUCAUAUUCUUGAUCACUCCCACUUCUCUUUCCUGCCCAGAUGAUCAGAAACAAGCCCUUCUCCAGUUCAAAUCCUUGGUCUUCAAUAUCAUUAACUCAUCUUCUUCUGAUUAUUAUUACUCUCCUCUUGGCUUAGAUUCAUGGAAUUCAAGUUCAGAUUGUUGCUAUUGGGAGAUGGUGACCUGCAAUUCUCGCUCGAGUUCAAGAUCAGUUACAGCUCUUGAUCUCCAUUCUCUCUUUCCACUUGGACCUCAGGGGCCUAUGCCAGUACCUUCUUCUGUCUUGUCACCUCUCUCUCGCAUUAAAUCCUUGAUGUUUCUCGAUAUAUCCUCAAAUUACAUAGUGGGUGAGAUUCCUGUUGAUAUGCUUGCCAACCUCAGCAGAUUGGUUCAUCUAGAUUUGAUGUUCAACAAUUUUAGUGGCUUCAUCCCUUCUCAGAUUUUUCACUUCAAGUAUCUUCAGUAUCUUGAUAUCAGUAGCAAUUUUCUGACGGGUAUGUUAAGCGAGGAAGUGGGUGCUCUUAAAAACUUGAGGGUACUGAAAUUGGAUUAUAAUUCUUUAGCAGGAAAUAUUCCUGGAGAGAUUGGAAACCUCACGAAAUUGCAGCGGUUAAGUCUUCGCGGAAACAGUUUUGUUGGGAGGAUUCCAUCUUCUGUUUUGUAUCUGAAGGAACUGCAAGAAUUGGACUUGAGGGACAAUGCUUUAUCAAUGGAGAUUCCUGCUAAUAUAGGUGAGCUUACCAACCUGACAACUCUGGCUUUGAGCAAUAACAGGCUAACUGGAGGAAUACCAUCAUCUAUACAGAAGCUGAAUAAGUUGCAAAUUCUCCGGUUGCAAGACAACUUGCUUGCCGGAGGAAUUCCGACAUGGUUGUUUGACAUCAAGAGCCUGAAGGAGCUGUUUGUUGGAGGGAAUAAUCUGACUUGGGAUAACAAUGUGGACUUAAUGCCAAAAUGUAUGUUAUCUUAGUUGUCUAUGAGAUCAUGCAGGCUUGAAGGAAGAAUCCCAGAUUGGAUUUCGACACAGAAGACUCUUAAUCUCUUGGAUUUGAGUGAGAACAUGCUCCAAGGACCCUUCCCUCAGUGGCUAGCUGAGAUUGACCUGGGCGCCAUUGUCCUGUCUGAUAACAAGCUCACAGGUUCUCUUCCUCCGCGUCUGUUUGAAUCUCUGAGUUUAUCUGUACUUGCCUUAUCAAGGAACAACUUCUCUGGAGAAUUGCCAGAAAAUAUUGGGAAUGCCAAUUCUAUUAUAAUUCUCAUGUUGUCUAGUAACAACUUUUCUGGGCA